GCUUCUGGCACACCUAGGCGAUAAGAGGUGGUAUGGCUGGUGCGCCGCGCCCCUGCCGUGGUGGGCCAGGUCCCCGUGACCUGGCCGCCUGCAUCUGCUGAGAGUCCCGCGGGGCAAGGAAAACCAGCAGGUGCGGCCCCGCCCGGGGCGCUCUCGGGCUUGCUGGUCAACCUCGGGCUUGUUUCCAGGGGCAGCAGCGGUCGGGGAGCUCGUGCGGCCUGUUCUGUGACCAGAGGAGAGGCAGAGCCAGGGGCCUCCUCCCAAAUCCAAGCCCUCCAGCCAUGGCCACCCUGGUGAUGUCCCGGGAGGAGAAGCUGAGUCAGGAUGAGAUCGUGCUGGGUACCAAGGCAGUCAUCCAGGGGCUGGAGACCCUGCGGGGCGAGCACCGGGCCCUGCUGGCCUCCCUGCUGGAGAAUGUGGCCGGGCGGGAGGCAGGAGAGGCUGAGCCCGCAACCCAGGAGCGCUCGGGGCUCCUGCGCCGAUCCCUGGAAGCCAUCGAGCUGGGACUUGGGGAAGCUCAGGUGAUCCUGGCACUGUCAGGCCACCUUGGGGCCGUAGAGUCAGAGAAACAGAAGCUCCGGGCCCAGGUGCGCCGCUUGGUGCAGGAGAACCAGUGGCUCCGGGAGGAGCUGGCCGGGACCCAGCAGAAGCUGCAGCGCAGCGAGCAGGCCGUGGUCCAGCUGGAGGAGGAGAAGCAGCACCUGCUGUUUAUGAGCCAGAUCCGGAAGCUGGACGAGGACCCUUCUCCCAACGAGGAGAAGGGGGAUGUUUCCAAGGAUUCUGUGGAUGACUUGUUCCCUAACGAGGAGGAACAGAACCCAGCUCAGGGCCCUGGGGGUGGAGAUGCUGCUGCCCAGCAUGGAGGCUACGAGAUUCCCGCCAGGCUAAGGACCUUGCACAAUCUGGUGAUUCAGUACGCCUCUCAGGGGCGCUAUGAGGUAGCUGUGCCCCUCUGUAAGCAAGCCCUGGAGGACCUGGAAAAGACCUCAGGACAUGACCACCCCGAUGUGGCCACCAUGCUGAACAUCUUAGCUCUCGUGUAUCGGGAUCAGAAUAAAUACAAAGAAGCCGCCCACCUGCUCAACGAUGCCCUGGCCAUCCGGGAGAAGACCUUGGGCAAGGACCACCCAGCUGUGGCAGCUACCUUGAACAACCUGGCAGUCCUGUAUGGCAAAAGGGGCAAAUACAAGGAAGCAGAGCCCUUGUGUAAGCGAGCCCUGGAGAUCCGAGAGAAGGUGCUGGGCAGAUUCCACCCGGACGUGGCCAAGCAGCUGAAUAACCUGGCCCUGCUGUGCCAGAACCAGGGCAAGGCCGAGGAGGUGGAGUACUACUACCGGCGUGCUCUGGAGAUCUACGAGGCCCGGCUGGGCCCAGACGACCCCAAUGUGGCCAAGACCAAGAACAACCUGGCCUCUUGCUACCUGAAGCAGGGCAAGUACCAAGACGCAGAAACCCUGUAUAAAGAGAUCCUGACUCGUGCCCAUGAGAAGGAGUUCGGCUCAGUCAAUGGAGACAACAAGCCUAUCUGGAUGCACGCCGAAGAGCGGGAGGAGAGCAAGGAUAAGCGUCGGGACACCACUCCCUAUGGAGAAUACGGUGGCUGGUACAAGGCUUGUAAAGUGGACAGCCCCACGGUGAACACCACGCUGCGGAGCCUCGGGGCUCUCUACCGCCGGCAAGGGAAGAUGGAGGCGGCUCACACGCUGGAGGACUGUGCCAGCCGCAGUCGGAAGCAGGGCCUGGAUGCCGUGAGCCAGACCAAGGUUGUGGAGCUGCUGAAAGAUGGCAGCGGGCGAGGGGAGCGCCGGAGUGGCCGAGAGGGCGUUGGAGGCACGGGAUCUCAGGCUGACCCACAGCCUGAGGAUUCGGGGCCUGCAGCCGAGUGGGCCGGGGAUGGCAGCGGUGCUCUCCGGAGAAGCGGCUCCUUUGGGAAGCUUCGCGAUGCCUUGAGGCGCAGCAGUGAGAUGCUGGUGAAGAAGCUGCAGGGGGGCGGACCCCAAGAGCCUCCCAACCCUCGGAUGAAGCGAGCCAGUUCCCUUAACUUCCUGCACAAGAGCACAGAAGAGGCCAUCCAGCCCGGCGACACCAACCUGUCCGACAGCCGCACGCUCAGCUCCAGCUCCCUUGACCUCUCUCGACGGAGCUCUCUCCUUGGCUAAGAGGGAGGGGUGGGAGGGCCUGGGCCCUCCUUGACUCCUCGUCAUCUCCCGCAGGGACGGCAGGCGCAGGGGGCCACCUGAUCCUCAGCCUCGCUCCCGCCCUGCGUAGGCCACCCUUCCCCCAAAUGCUGUUUCCCACAGGUCCCCUCCCUCAGUGUUUUUUGUUUGAUCUCAGGGUAACCUCUCCCCCUGUCAUUUCAGGCUUAGCAGCUCAAAGCUUAUUCCCCUCCCGGUCUAGCACUGUUAGUCACAAAACCGAGAAGCGUCACAUUGGUGACAGUGCAGAGAGGAGCCAGGAUUCCCCCCGCCCUUGUAUUUAUUUCCCUCUUCCCUUCCUCCCAGUGGGAGCCAGGAAGGUGAAAAGCGGGUGCCUGGCAGAGCUUCCCAGAGCAGGCUGGGCCACCUGGCCUUGGAGAAAGAGAAUACCACCAGGCCUCCCUCUCCUCCCUUACCCAGGCCUCCGCUUCUGUAUAUAGAGAAAUAAGUUAUUGGCCACUCCCUUCCCCACUGCCUGUCCGUGGUACCUCCUCUAGCCCUUUCCCUGUCCAGGGAUGCCACCCAGGCCUUAACCCCUUGCAGACAAGGUCUUGGACGCACACAAGUGCAGAAAUAUGCCCAAAUGAUGGAGCCUGCCUUCUCACCCCCUGAAACCCCAUUAGUGUAGGAUGGAAGGGCCAUGCCCCCUACGGUACCUUCUCGUCUACAGUAGCUGACACCGUCUUCACUUUUCUCAUCUUUGUUCCUUCCGGGGCAUGGUGCCUGGGCCUAAAGCACUCCCUUUGAGCCACAUUCCAGGGACUUCCGAAACCCUUCCCUGCCGCCCCCUCCCUCCCAAGGUACCGCCCGCUGAGCCAUUCCUGGGGCUCCUACUGCUCCCAGUUCUCCCCUCCAGACUCUGAGGGAGGGGGCUGCACUCCUCUCCCGGAGCUGGGAGGGGGCAGGGUUGGGGUGGGCUGGGGAACCCAUUUGCUUUGUUCAGAUGUUGCUGUAGAAAUAAAGCCAGUUUGAAUCCCGA